AUGAAAGAAUUUUUACUUUUUAUACUAUUGAAAUCUAUAUUCUCAUUACCUAUACAAAAUAUUGAUAAUCAUAUUCCUUUAAAAUUCAAAGUAGAAAAAUCAACAAAUAAAUCUUUUGUAUGUCCAUGGUAUUGUUAUCCAGCUAUUAUAUUUAUUAUUCUUAUUUGUUUAAUUAUUCUUACGAUAUGUAUAUCAGCAUGUGAUUAUCGUUCUUCAAAAAAACAACAAGAAUCAAAUGUUAUUAAACAUAAAACUAUAUCAUUAGAAAAUAAAGAUGAUGAUGAUGAUGAUGAUGAUGAUGAUAAAAAGACAAUAGAUAGUAUACCACAAAAAAUAAUGAAUAAAUCUCAAGAUGAUGAUAUCAUUAGUUUAACUAGUAUGAAUUCUGAAAAAAAGUGA